AUGUGGCUUCAUGGUAAAUGCAUUGGCAUCACGAAACGCACCAUGACCAACGUCUACGUUUGCGCAUUCUGUGCGAAUACGCCGACAGCGCUGGCAAGCAAUCGCGCUCGCGACGAGCUUCAUGUCAACGCGCUUGGCAUAGCAUCGCCUGUAGGGAACAACGCGUUUCAAUCGUUUCGGUAA